AUGAACAUCGUCGCUCUCAUCUGGCAUUUCUUCAUCAGCUUCUUCGAAAGUCUUCAAGCUAAUCCAAUGGUACUGGACGGAAUGAGAGUAUUGUUAGCGGGCACAUUCUUUGAGUUCAGUAGGAGGACUGCUACAUCCGUAUGGAGUACUUUCGCCGAUAGCUUUUUCAUCACCGCCACCAUAUCAUACCAUGACGAAGCGUACGAUUGGGUAUCUCAAUACCUGGAAACACACGCACCUAUCAUGCUUCCCUCCACGUCAUCUCAACCACAACACUUCGAUCCUGCUCGCUACACCAUCAAGACCAACUUGAUGGAAGCGGUUUAUCCUACUGGCAGAGCUGCUCCGAGACAUAUACAUCUCGCUGCUAAACGACCUAGAAAUAAUCGAGGGAAUGGUCAAGCUCGCCGCUUGCGACGCAUGCACCGAGAUAUGUAUGAUUCAGAGUCGGAUGAUUAUGAGAGCGAUGAAGAUGAGGAGAAAGAUGCGGUGUUGCAUGUUGAACCUUCCAGCACUAUCAGCCAAUACAUGCAAUUCCAAAAUAAAACUAUUCAAUUUCAGAUCAAGAAUGAUGGAUUAUCGUCGUUCGCCAUUAAUCAGAGAAAAUGGCUCAUCAUGUCCACCUUCCUAGGCACCCAUGACAUCUUCACUUCCCUCAUCCAGACCGCUCGGAAGGAAUACCUUGCUCAACUCCCCAAACGUGCUAUAUCAAUAUACUCACCCGAACAUGGCUCGUGGUAUAAGAAAUCGACUAGAACAAUGAGACCAUGGGAUUCAAUCAUCUUACCUGAUGGAGUCAAGGAAUGGUUAUUGGCAGAUGCGACUGAGUUCUUGGCUGAGAGGGAUUUCUAUGAGGAAAGAGGUGUACCGCAUAGACGUGGUUAUUUGCUAUAUGGUGAACCGGGCAGUGGAAAAAGUAGCUUGAUCAGUGCUCUUGCUGCUCAGCUGAGGUUGGAUAUCUACAUUGUAAACAUUGGUGGUCGAUACUUGGACGAUGAUACCCUCAGUAGUCUUAUGCAGGAUUGCCCCAGUCGAUGUAUAUUACUAAUGGAGGAUAUUGAUUGUGCCUUUGAAAAACGAAAGUUAUCCCGUAGCAAGAGACGAACCACACCGCAACAAGGUGAACACAACCCCAACACAGAGCAGAAAGAAGAAGAUAACGAUGAUCCAGGAAUGUUCCCACCUAAUAGCGGAGCUACUAUCACUUUAUCCGGUCUGUUGAAUGCUCUAGAUGGUGUAGCCAGUUCAGAAGGAAGGUUAUUAUUCUGUACUACCAAUUGGAAAGACAAGAUUGAUCCUGCUUUGUGUAGGCCUGGUCGAUGUGACGUGUGGAUCGAAUUCAAGCAUGCCACUCAAGAACAAGCUCGUAAUCUUUUCGUUCACUUCUUCCGAGCUCGGGUCCAAUAUGAUCCUCGCAACUCGGUCCCUACCACCAACAACUCGAGUCUCAACGCUGAGAAACCCUUCCAUUCAACUACUUCUCGUGUAGAUGAUGGCGAAGAUCUUUCCGCCUUGAGUAAGAAGUUCGCAGCGGCGAUUCCCGAAGGCACAGUAUCAGUCUCGGCUUUACAAGGGUAUCUGGUACGGUACAAAAGGGAUUCUCAUGCUGCUGCUGAGCGGGUGGGCAAGUGGGUGGAAGGAGGUUUUGGACAGGGUCCGACGAUGUUUAUCAAAGAUGGGAAAGUUCAGGAGAGGGAGGUGGAUGAAAUUGUAGAGGCAGGGGAUGAGAGUGGGUUUUCGGAUGAAACCAAGGAUGAGAAUGGUGAUAUGAAUGGUAGGCCAAAUGGACAUGUGAAUGGUGGAGAUAGCGGAAAUAGCAUAUUCGAUGGUGGUAUGGACAAGAGACUUGGAGGUAUGCCAAAGGGAUGGGGUAAUGGUAAUUCAACUGCAAUAGCCCAGGGGAAUAUACUGAGAAGAGCUAGAACCCAUUUUAGGACUUUGAGUAGAGGUCGAUAG